GCGAGCCGCAGCGGCAAACAACGUAUCCGCCCGGGCUCUCGGGAAACGAGCGCUUGGCCUUUUCCUUCGCGCCAACCCCGCGUGCCCACAAAUACCGCCCGCCUCCGUCGCCUCUCCCUCCCUAGUCCAUCCCCCCUUCUCUCCGUCCCCGGCGCCGUCUCCUACCACCUCCUCGAUCUUCCUCCCGUCUGAUUCACCCGCCCUUUCCCGGUUCGUGGCGAUUUCGGAUACCGCGUCUCUUUCCAAGGCUGUACCUUUUGGGUUCAUCCACGGGAGAACAAACGUGAAUCACCUGCCCGCCUUUUCCCUUGUUCCCUGCUCGAUCUUGGCGGCACACACGGCGGCCGAUCAUUUGGGCGCGUGUCCGUGCGCUGUGCGGGAGGGCGAUCCCAUCGGGUGGUGUACGGUUCUUGGAUGGUCGCUGCUGGCGCGGCGCGAUGGAGUUCUGGCCGGAGUUCCUGGCAAGCAGCUGCGGGAAGGAGUUCGUGGCCGGCGGGGUCGGCGGCAUGGCUGGCGUGCUGGCGGGGCACCCCCUCGACACUCUCCGCAUCCGCCUGCAGCAGCCGCCGCCGCCGCCCGCCAGCCCCGGGAUCGUCGCCGCGCGCCGCGCGCCCUCCACUGCCCAGCUGCUACGCGGCAUCCUCCGCACCGAGGGCGCCUCCGCGCUCUACCGAGGCAUGGGCGCGCCCCUCGCCUCCGUCGCGUUCCAGAAUGCGAUGGUCUUCCAAGUCUACGCGAUCCUAUCGCGGUCGCUCGAUCCAGAGAGCUCCAUCUCCGAGCCUCCCUCCUACACGAGCGUGGCCUUCGCCGGCGUUGGCACCGGAGCACUGCAAACGCUCGUCCUAUCCCCCGUAGAGCUCGUCAAGAUCAAGCUGCAGCUGGAAGCGGCGGGGCACAAGCACCGCCGCCCGGGCGACCACCACGGCCCGGUCGACAUGGCUCGGGACAUCCUCAGGAAGGAAGGCCUCCGCGGCAUCUACCGCGGGCUCACGGUGACCGCGCUCCGCGACGCGCCGGCGCACGGCGUGUACUUCUGGACGUACGAGUACGCCCGGGAGCGGCUGCACCCGGGGUGCCGGCGCGAUGGCGACGAGAGCCUCGCCACGAUGCUCGUUUCCGGCGGCCUCGCCGGCGUCGCCAGCUGGGUCUGCUGCUACCCGCUGGACGUGGUGAAGUCCCGGCUGCAGGCGCAGACGUUCCCGCCGAGGUACCGCGGCGUCGUGGACUGCUUCCGGAGGAGCAUCCGGGAGGAGGGGCUCCCCGUGCUGUGGCGAGGCCUGGGCACGGCCGUCGCGCGAGCCUUCGUCGUCAACGGCGCCAUCUUCUCGGCGUACGAGCUGGCUCUGCGGUUCUUGGCCAGCGGCAACGGCCAGAGGCUGGUCAUGGAGGAGAACUGAAAUGAACUGAACUGUGCCAGAUUCAUUCUACACAGUCCAUGCAUCAAUUGCGUCCAUUUGUAAGAUUGGAGCUGCUUGCAAUGGCAAGCCUGCAACGCUGUACAUAGGCUAGUAUUCAUUGGGAGUGGUUGGGGGUCUCACUCUCUAUAGUAUUAUUUGUUGGAAUAUAAGGUAGUUUUACGUUUAAUUUAAUCUAUAAAUAAUUUAUAAACGUAAAUUAAUAAAUUAAUAUAUUCAUAUUA